GGAUUUUGGAGUUUGCCUCCUGCCUGGAAAGAGAUGGCUCUAGCCUGGAGAAAGCUGCGGAAAGCCUUCUACCUGGAGACCUCUCUCAGAAUCCUCCAUCUAUGUCCACCCUCAAGCUGUGCUCCCUGGAUAUCUGUACCCAGGCUCUCUCUUCAUACAAAGCCCAGCAUGCCACCAUGUGACUUCUCACCUGAGAGAUACCAGUCCCUGCCCUACAGCCGUGCCUUGGAGAUUCACAAACAGCACCUUUCUCCUGUGGAAACGGCAUAUUUCCAGAAGCCUUUGCUGCUGCACCAGGGACACAUGGAGUGGCUCUUUGAUUCAGAGGGAAACAGAUACCUGGACUUCUUCUCCGGGAUUGUAACUGUUAGUGUUGGUCACUGCCAUCCGAAGGUAACUGCAGUGGCGCAAAAGCAGAUGGACCACCUGUGGCAUACAAGCUCUGUCUUCUUCCACCCUCCAAUGCACGAAUAUGCAGAGAAACUUGCAGAACUUCUCCCUGAGCCUCUUAAGGUCAUCUUCCUGGUAAACAGUGGAUCAGAAGCCAAUGACCUGGCCAUGGUAAUGGCCAGAACAUACUCAAAGCACACAGACAUCAUUUCUUUCAGAGGUGGCUAUCAUGGAUGCAGCCCCUAUACACUUGGCUUGACAAAUGUAGGGAUCUACAAGAUGGAACUACCCAAUGGGAUGGGCUGCCAAUCAACAAUGUGCCCAGAUGUUUUCCGAGGCCCUUGGGGAGGAAGCUACUGUCGAGAUUCUCCAGUGCAAACAGUUAGGAAAUGCAGCUGCACUCCAGACUGUUGCCAAGCAAAAGAACAGUAUAUUGAACAAUUCAAAGAAACCCUGAACACUUCUGUGGCCAAGUCAAUUGCUGGAUUUUUUGCAGAACCAAUUCAAGGUGUGAAUGGUGUUGUCCAGUACCCGAAGGAGUUUCUGAAGGAAGCCUUUGCAUUGGUUCGAGAGAGGGGAGGUGUGUGCAUUGCAGAUGAAGUACAGACAGGAUUUGGAAGGCUGGGCUCUCACUUCUGGGGCUUCCAAAGCCACGAUGUACUGCCUGACAUUGUCACCAUGGCUAAAGGGAUUGGGAAUGGCUUCCCUAUGGCUGCGGUUGUGACCACUCCAGAAAUUGCUAAAUCUUUGGCUAAAUGCCUACAACACUUCAACACGUUUGGAGGGAGCCCCCUGGCCUGUGCCAUUGGAUCUGCUGUACUCCAGGUGAUCAAAGAAGAAAAUCUACAGAAAAACAGUCAAGAAGUUGGUACCUACAUGUUACUCAAGUUUGCUGAGCUGCGGGAUGAAUUUGACAUCAUUGGGGAUGUCCGAGGCAAAGGCCUUAUGAUGGGGAUAGAGAUGGUUCAAGACAAGAUGAGUCGCCAGCCUCUUCCUAAAACAGAAGUAAAUCAAAUCCAUGAGGACUGCAAAGACAUGGGCCUCCUAGUGGGCAGAGGUGGUAUUUUUUCUCAGACGUUCCGCAUCGCACCCCCGAUGUGCAUCACUAAGCUUGAAGUGGACUUUGCAUUUGAAGUAUUUCGCACAGCCUUACUUCAACACAUGGAGAGAAGAGCUAAGUAAGAUUUCUACAAGUGAAGAACCACGAGCCCCAAGAACUUCUCAACUAUGUGCAGAGAUGAAUUUGAAGAAUGUUGAGUUGAAACCACAUAUAGUAAGAUGAAAACCUGCAGCUCUCCAUAGUAAUUGUAAAAGAUCAGUAGGCACUGGCCAUAUUUUCAAUGAAGCCCUAUUCUCCUGAGAAUUCCAUCCUUCAGGAACAGUGUCUAUCCCUGGCUCACAGAAUAAGUCCUAAUUUGUGUAGCUUAGUCUGUGUUGUUUCCCAUUGCAUUAACUGGUUUGUAAAUGAAUACAAGGCAUAUGUGUCACCGAUGAAUCCUGAAGGAAAACCUUUCUGUGCUAACACUUCUGAGGAAGCAUUCCUUCAUGCUUCUUUUCACACUGGAAAUACUGCAUCUCAUAAUGGCAUUUCUCAAUUCGCAUCGGGCAUCUGGAAGCCAUGAAGAUAAAGUGUGGUCACAAUGCUACAUCUGGAAAACGGUUGGAAGCUGAGUGCUUGGUAAUAUCGAUGAGUCACGAAUCUUGGAGCCAUCUUAUCUCAGGGUUUUUUGACUUAUAAAAUAAUAAAUUCAUUGUACUGCUUACGACUUUAAA